CGCACGGGCUGGAUUCAGGAUUUGUGCUCGAGAUCCCCGCGGGUUCACGUCUCUGCUGCCGCUGCUGAAUAACACACACACACACACCUUCUCACGGACCACCAUGGGAGUCGAAGGCUGCACCAAAUUCAUCAAGUACUUGCUCUUCUUCUUCAACUUCAUCUUCUGGCUUGCCGGAGGUGUAAUCCUGGGCGUGGCGCUGUGGUUGAGACAUGACCCGAAGACCAGCAACCUGCUGGUACUGGAGUUGGAUGGCGCUCACGCCCCCAGCACUUUCUACAUCAGCGUCCACAUCCUGAUUGCCGUCGGCGCGGUGAUGAUGGUGGUGGGCUUCCUGGGCUGCUACGGGGCCAUUCAGGAGUCUCAGUGUCUGUUGGGAACGUUCUUCGCCUGUCUCGUCAUCCUGUUCGCCUGUGAGGUCGCUGCUGGGAUCUGGGGCUACAUGCACAGAGACACUGUUUCCCGGGAGAUGAUAAACUUCUAUGACUCGGUGUACGACCAGGCCAUAAAAGACACCAUCACUGACUCAGAAAAGAAGAAAGCUGUUGCGUCCGUCCUCAAAGUCUUCCAUGAGACGCUGAGCUGCUGUGGUAAAGGACAGGGGACCAGCUUCGUCACACUCCUGACAGACCGCCUGGGGAUGACAGACCUCUGCCCCAGCCAGGGAGCCUCCAUCAUGACUAACUGCCACAACCGUAUUCAGGAGCUGUUCUCAGAUAAGAUUUAUGUGAUCGGUAUCGUCGCUCUGGCGGUCGCAGUUAUCAUGAUCUUCGAGAUGAUUUUCAGCAUGGUGCUGUGCUGCGGGAUCCGCAACAGUCCGGUGUACUAAAGCUGGGAGCGCCCCGCCUCCCUCAUUACUAAUGGAAGGAUGAGCGCGCAGCGUUCUGCCUCCUCUUUCCUCUCUGUUUUGUUUUUGUUUAAUUUCUUUUAUAACCAGGAAUGUCACAUAUAUUGCUUGCUGGAUUUAGUCAGCUUUUUACCAACAUUGUAACCAUCCUCCACUCAGCAUUUUAUCACACGGUCCAUGACUGGGUUGCGUUCCUCACACAUGAUGCAUAGUAGAGCAGUGCGAUGGUUGCCUGAUAUGUAGAUAUUGUAUCACACUGUCACACGUCGGUUCCACCCACCAGUCCAGGUGCUGUAAUCCUUUAGUGAUUGAUUAGUUGUUUUCCCGCCUCCAUGGUCUUAUAUCCUUAUUUUAUGGAUGAUAUUUCACUGUUUUCUGUAUAAACUUGUAUAUAAAUAUAUGUUGACAGUGCUUUAUGUCUGCCUGAGCAUGGAUAUUGUAUUACAUGAGACCCUUCUCCUGUAUUUCCCCUGUAUUCUGUGCCUGUCCGUCUCGCUCUUGAUCUACCCCGAUGAAGAUGAUGAUGAUGAUCGACCUCGCCUCGCCUCGCCGCAUAGAAUGACGACUCAUCGAGUUCGGAUCAUUGUCAAGGUUCACGAUAUUCAGAGGCAGGAGAGAGUCUGAGAGUUUUCCACAUGAAUCGGUCGUAGAAUCGCCUGAUCUGGUUCACCUCACGGCUCCGCAGCACCGCUUCCUUUCUUAGACUUAGAUGGAAAUAUUGUUUUUUGAAAAUAAGUAAAAUCAGCUAAAAUGGCUCUGAAGUCUCAAACUAUUUGAAAAGUUGAACUGAAAUGAGUAAAACUACAGGUCCCACUUCUGGUUCUUGUUUGGUCAGCAUUUAAAAGUUACAGCGUGAAGGUUAGAAAAAGUGGCUGACGUGAUGUUCGUGCGUCAGAUCAGGUUUUCUGGUGGACUCGUGUGGGAAGCGGAGACCUCUCUCUCUCUGCCUCUGGAGGUGAUCCGUCUGAAAGCUGGAACCAAAGUCAGCCGUGUGGCGUCUGGAUGGACGUGGUCGUUUGAGCCUGCUGUUUGAACCUCGUGCGUUGGGCGGCGGCGGCGGCGGCUCAGAGCCGCGAUCGCCUCCCUCCAGUCGGAGCAGCUCGUAUGGGAAGUGCCUUCCAGAGGAGCUUCCGGUUACGCUGACGCUCUCUGAUUGUGGGUCGCCUUAUCCGGUUGAGCGCCGCUCUGAGCCGAGCUGACCUCCGACCUUCACCUGAACGUUUUCUCCACUGACACUGUUGUAUUAUUUCAAUUUUUUUUUUCUUUUAGAGCAAAAGUUUUCUAAGUGUGAAGUUUCUGCUACUUUCCUGUUUUAUAAAAUGUCAGUCACAUCUCAUCAAGAGUUUCAGAGGGAUGUGAAUUGCGUUUCCAUGGUUACGGAUGUAUUCAGGUAAAGACCUCUUCCCGUCCCUCUCAAACUCCUGACGGUAGCAGAAUCUUCCGCCGACUGUCCACAUCGAACCACGCCGUCUGGUCUCGCCCUCCACGUACCCGCUCGCCUUGCUAACGCCUGAGAACGCAGCCGAGGAGCAGCGUUGUCGUCCGGCUCUCAUGUAUUGUACUAAUGAAAAUAAUGAAGGUUGUAGAAAAAAAAAACAAAUGAUGUUAUGCCUUUUUUCUCUUUGUAUCGUGAUACGUGUGUCUGGUACGUCAUCAGAGGAGUCUGGACGGAGGCCGG